AUUUGGCAACCCUGAUUCACACCGCGAUGCGGGAGGAAGAGAUCCGCCAUUUUACAGCAGACAAACACACUCAGAGCACAAAACAUUCAUGGGGUGUCAUAUUUUCUAAAACAUCGACGAAUUAUCAGAGUUCUUAAGAACAAAUCUAGAGAAAGGGGGGGCUUUAAAGUGUGUUUGAAGAUGUCUGUCGACAGGAGAGAUGAGAAAGACGGGGAGCUGAAUGUGCUGGAAGACAUUUUGACUGAUGCUCCUGACCAGGAUGAUGAGCUCUACAAUCCUGAGAGCGAACAUGAUGUUAAUGAGAAAAAAGGGUCUAAAAGGAAGCACGAACGAGGAGACAGCCAGGAUGCGAAGCGGCUCAGAGCCUCAGGACACACCACCAGACAGCAAUUAAAGAGAGCUGCCCCUUCUUCUGGAUCAAACAGCAAAAAGACCAGCAAUCCCAGAGGAAGACACGCACCAGAAGAGCUGUAUGAUGACAGAAAGAACCAUGCUGGAAGAGGAUCCCGAGCUGAUCUACCUAAAGGAUACAGUGAAAAAGGCCCGUCCCGCAGCCGAGACUCCCAGAGACGGAUCAAACCCCUGCUGCCUGAGCUGGCUGAGAAGAUGCGGAGGACCAGCGAGGACAGUACGGGCAGAGCGAGUCGCUCCCCCAGAGAGGAAGAGCCUCAUUCUGAAGAAUAUGUGACCGGCAGCUCUGUGGCUUCCUCUGAAGGAAACUGCUCGGAUGUCGAAGAGGAAGGUGCCAUGCAGGAGGAAGGGGAAGAGAAGGAAGUGGAGGAGGAGGAAGAGGAGGAAGUGGAUGAAGAAGAGGAGGAAGGGGAUGAAGAAGAGGAAGAGUAUGAACUGGAGGAAGAGGACCCACAGGAGGGAACUGAACAGAAUGACUACGACACCCGCAGCGAGGCCAGCGACUCCCAGUCGGAGUCUGUGUCCUUCUCGGAGGGAGAGUCCGUACAUUCAGGCUCGGGCUCAGAGGCGUCAGAUGAGGAAAGCAAAGCCGAGAAGCACGCUAGAGGGAUAUCACCAAUCGUUUUUGAUAGAAGUGGAAGUUCAGCUUCAGAAUCCUAUUCAGGGUCUGAAAAGAAACAUGAAAAACUGUCCUCUUCCGUCAGAGCCGUGAGGAAGGAUCAAACCAGCAAGCUGAAGUAUAUCCUGAGAGAGGCCCGGUUUUUCCUAAUUAAGAGCAACAACCAUGAGAAUGUGUCCCUGGCUAAAGCAAAGGGUGUGUGGUCCACUCUGCCCGUCAACGAGAAAAAACUCAACGCCGCUUUUCGCUCUGCUCGAAGUGUUGUGCUAAUCUUUUCCGUUAGAGAGAGUGGAAAAUUUCAAGGUUUUGCUCGGCUCUCGUCUGAGUCUCAUCAUGGAGGUUCUCCCAUCCACUGGGUUCUGCCCGCAGGCAUGAAUGCCAAGAUGCUUGGAGGAGUCUUCAAAAUUGACUGGAUUUGCAGGCGGGAAUUACCUUUCACAAAAACUGCUCACCUCUCUAAUUCCUGGAAUGAGCACAAGCCUGUGAAGAUUGGACGUGAUGGACAGGAGAUCGAACCAGACUGCGGGACACAGCUGUGCAUGCUCUUCCCACCCGACGAGAGCAUUGACUUGUAUCAGGUCAUUCACAAAAUGCGCCACAAGAGGAGGAUGCACUCAGAGCCUCGAUCUCGGGGCCGACUACCCCACAGAGAGCCCGUCCCUCGGGACGUGGGAAGGCGUCGUCCAGAAGAAUAUGACAUGCACAACCGGAAGCGGCCCAGGAUUGAUUACACCCCAGAAUUCCCUCAGAGACCAGGUUUUAUGCAAGACCCUCGCAAUCAGCCUGUGGACAGGUCGGUCUCGUUGUCUUUCCCCUCAUUAUCCUCCAUUUCCGAGUGGUAUUUCACGUAUGAUAACGUAAUAAUAUCUCUUCACAGGCGCUUCACUGGUGUUAGGAGAGAUGUGUUCCUCAACGGAUCCUACAAUGACUAUAUGAGAGAGUUCCACCACAACAUUGGUCCUCCUCCACCAUGGCAGGGAAUGGCGCCGUACCCUGGUAUGGAGCACCCCCCCCAGCACCCGUACUACCAGCAUCAUCAUCAUCCUCCUCCGCCCCAGGCCCACCCUCCUUACUCCGGACACCAUCCCAUGCCCCAUGAUGCCCGCUUCAGGGAAAAGAGGGUUGUUCGCUCUUUCGCCUCCAGUUUGCAUGACUACGACAUGCGUGUGGACGAUUUCCUGAGGCGAACACAGGCCGUGGUGAGCGGACGCAGGAGCCGCCCGCGCGAGCGUGACCGGCAGAGGGAGCGUGACCGGCCGCGGGACGGGCGUCGAGACCGAGAACGAGAGCGCGGCAGAGAGCGUGAUCGCGAACGAGAGCGGAUUCGAGACCGGGAGCGGGAGAAGGAGAGGGGCCGAUACCGGAGAUAGGGAGGAGUGGUUUUAAACCUUUUUGUUCCCUUUUCCAUUUUGUAGAUAGUGUGUUAGAUUUAGUUUAUAAUUUUUUUAAAAUGCAGUUAUUCAUCCAAAAGCUGAACUGAAUCUUCCUGGGCAUUUUUUUUUUUUUUUUUUUUUAUGUUAUCAGUCCCAUGCCAUUGUUAGCAUCAUGCAUGCAGUGCAUUAAUAACUGUGAAACCAAAAAGCAUUUUUACCCUAUUUUCUUUUUUUUUAUUUUCUAUUUUUAAUCAUUGUUUCUGUUGCUGGUUCUGCAUUGAGAAGGAGCUGCUUUCCCUUUUGUUUUUCCUGCUCAGACGGUCUGUUCCUCGUGUGGCUGUGGCAGUUUUUAGGUGUUUGCUAACACUGCGCUCGUCUUUGUGAUUUCUGUUGUACAUUUAAAUGAGGUCAUAGGUGCCAGUAUUCCAAGGCACUACUAAACAUGACUGUUGUAUCGAGUAUGUUUCUUUGGCUUUGUCUGACGCCAGGCUUGUUUUCUAGUGUUUUGAUCGGGAAGUGGGUAAAUAUUCCCACACUUGCUUCCUCUGUCCAGUGAAAGGAUAAAUGUCAUGAAGGUUUGUAAAAUGACUUAAGCCAUUUGUUGUUGUAGUAUCUGUUGGAUACUAUAUGGAUACCUUUUGUACAAAACAAAAAAUAAAACAAAGUGAAUUGCU